ACACAUGAGUGGGGGUAGAGUAAAAUGUAAACAUAUCAGCUCGAAUGCCAAUCAAAGGGACAACAUUCGCUCUCUUCAAACUCUCUAGCCUCCAUAAAACUUAAAUUGCAUCCGAUACGCUCGAUUUCCCUCGCUUCCUGUAGAAUGACACCGGAGAUUUCAAUGACGGAGUCUGUAAAGUUGUUACGAUGACGUCCUCAUCCAGAGCUGAUGGAAAGUGUUCUGGCGAGAUUAGGAAGCUCUCUGAGUCUGUCACUUCGCUGAUCAGGUCCAGCGUAACAGUCAAUAGCUUCGCUUCAUGCGUUUCUGAACUUGUUUGCAACUCUAUUGAUGCUGGGGCAACAUGUAUUGCAGUGAGGGUUGACUUUAGCUUGUACAAAAUCCAAGUUAUUGACAAUGGCCAUGGAAUUGACAAAAAUAACCUGCGAUUUGUGGGAGAGAGGUAUAUGACGAGCAAAUGCCACUCCCUUAAUGACCUCAAGCACAAAUUGGACAAGUAUGGUUUUCGAGGAGAAGCUUUGGCCAGCAUUAUAAAAUGCAGCAAACGUUUGGAUAUUGUCUCCAAAGCUUUGGCCAGUGGUUCAACAUACUCUAAAAUCUUUGAGCAGGAUGCAGCCUCUUCCAUCAAUCCUUCUGAUGAGCAGAGACCUUCUGCUGGCACAACAGUCACUGUGUCAGACUUUCUGUUCAACAUUCCAGUGCGCAGGAAAAGAGUGGACGAGCGCUUUGAUUCUGAGGAGAUGCGAAUCCAAAUGGAGCACCUUGCGAUUGUGCAUUGCAACAUCUCCUUUUCUCUCAAGAAUGAUGUCACUGGAAAAGUAUUGAUGGAAAGUCGAAGGUGCAGCAGCAUGAGAGAAGUUUUUAGGCAGAUUCAUGGUCCUGUUUUGGCUGACCACUUGCGUGAAGUGAAAUUUUCAAAUGGGAGCAACCUAUCAGUUGACGGUCUCAUCAGCCUGGAUGGUCACCAUAACAAGUCAUUUCAGUUCAUCUAUGUCAAUAAAAGGCUUGUUUUGAAGACGCCAAUGCACAGAAUCAUGAUCAAUUGGCUCUCUGGACUUCUGAAGCAGGAGAAGAAGCCUAAGCAACCAAUUUUCAUGCUGAAUUUCUCAUGUCCUUACUCCUCUUAUGACAUCACUCUCGAUCCAAGCAAAACGCUCAUCCAAUUCGAUGACUGGGAGACAGUCGAGAAAACCUUCCAAGGUGCUGUAAUGUUGUUUGUCCAGCAGCAAGAUAUCCAUCUGCCCGAAGAUUUGUUCAAGCUAAAAGAGCAAAGAGUUGAGAGGGCUGUAGCAGAACCGACUUCCAAGAUUAUAGACUGUCAUUUGAAGAUGAGAAGAGUAACUAAGGGGGCAGUAUCCAGGAGGGUGGUUUCAACUAGGGAAAUUGUUGAGCAAGUUUUGAAUAAGCCCCAAUACCAUGACGAGGAAGAAGAUGACUUAAGCUCUGAAAAUCUUCUCAGUGCUGUGUGGGAUGUUGCAAUGCCAAAAAAAUUCGGACCCAUUCCCCAAAGAAGCAAAGCCAAAGAGAAGAAUGAAAGUACCUCUUGCCAAGAAACGUUUUCCACGUCUUAUCUUGAAUUAGGGAACAAGACAUCAGAGUCGCAGGUUUUUGGUAGCACGGAAAACUGGUUUAAUGACAGAGAAAUCGAAUAUAUUUCCAACAAAUUCACUGAUAUGGUUGAACAGUCUCUCAAACUGUUGCUGGCAAAACUCGAGGAAGUUCCUCUAGUGGAAGCAAAGAAGACGCAAAACACUGGUUUGACUCAGCAACUGAAGAGUUUGGAUGUUGAAGUUGAACAACUUCACAGGCCAAACAAUGACUUUACAUUUGUACCAGUCAUCUCGGAAGGACCUGAUGCAGUAGCUUUUGGUGUAGUUGAUGACACAGAUGAGGAUGAAGCCUACUACCAAGCACAAUCUAAAAUCCUUGAUUGGGAAUUAAGUCCAUCGGAUUUUCCUGACUGCCACGAACACGAAAGGUCUGGAAUGAUAAAUCACAGUUAUUCAGUGGAAGAACACCCUCGACCACAUGUCAAAGUUGCAAGUCAGGUUUCUACGGAAUGGGCCACUGAAGAGGAGGACCAAUUGCAAAUAUUAAAGCACUUAUCUCCAACCAGUGAAGCCUACCUGAAAGAAACCUUCAGUUCCAAAAGAGUUGUAGAUGUGGGCUACAGAUACCCAACUCCGACUAUGGAAGGCUAUCCACAGCCAUUUGAAGAGGCCGAAGAAGACAUGGAACCGUUUCCCACUCCUCAAUACCCACCACCGCGCUACUCAAUCAAUUCCAGAGAGAACACAGAUCCAGUAGGCAUGGAGAUUAAUGCCGAAGAUUUGACUAUUCUGGAUGCUCCACUUGAGAGUGUCAAUGCAUUGGCCCUGUUUGCAGAUCCAGAGGACGCUCGCAAAUCUUUCUUUGUAGACGACAUCGUUCAAAGCAGCACGAAACGCAAAAAAGAGUCGCCAGUUCCCAACGCUGUACCAAAGAAGCAGAGAGUUGAUCUAGAAAUGGAUACAUUUGAAGGCAAAAUUGUACAUCCUGUCUUUGUGAACAGCAAUGGCUGCAUCAUUCAAGGUUCCUCCAAGGAGGACGAGCGAUUCGUUAUCAAAGAACGACAUCCAUUUAUUCCUCUUGAAUUGUUGCCCAUAUUAAAUGUUGCUCCUCAAUGUGAUCUGACCCUUGACCCAGAAAAUCAGCAGCGACUUUUGAGUCGCGUGGGUGAAAGCCUUUGUGAAGCUGAUGAAGCUGCUGUGGUCUCCAAAUGGAAUAGUAGAGAGGAAUGGAGUGAGGAGAAAAACAGGUUGGACAGUCUCAUUCAGACACACAUAUUUGAUGCAGGAGCACGGCCAAUGCCAGAAUUGGAACCUAAUGAUCUGUUCAACGAUGAAAACUUUGCGAAAUUGAGGCGCUCGAUUGACCAGUAUGGUUUCCAGCCUGGCUCAUUGCAGUCAAGCAAGAUAUUCGGCCAGUUUGACAGAAAGUUUCUGGUUGCUUUGAUUGACAAAAAUAAAGAUAACGUUCAAAAUAUGGUUGUACUGAUUGAUCAACAUGCUGCACAUGAGAGAGUUCGGCUGGAAAUGCUCACCAAAGAUUACCAAAGUGAUGGCUUUUUCCUAACAAGUCCUUUGCAUCCACCUCUAAACUUAGCCCUUGGCAAAAGGGAAACUCUUGCUGUCCAAGAAUUCCAGUGCUCUUUUGCCAAAUAUGGUUUAGAAUGCGAAGCAAUGAGCGAAACUGAAAUCCGGAUCUUCUCCGUUCCACUAUGCUUCUCCAAAAAGCAAGAGCGACAGACGUUUCCUGGAUGGAAUCUAGUUGAUGCUGUUGAGAGAUUAGUCCAAGAGCUAGCUCAAUCUCUGAUCGAAACCCGUGGUGCCUGCAUAUCAAUUCCACAGGAAAUUAGAGACGUGCUUAACAGUGAAGCUUGCUCAGGUGCCACCAAAUUCAAUACAUGUCUGUCCCGAAACGCAUGUGCAGACCUGGUAAAGGAGCUUUCGUUGUGUCAGUUGCCCUUCCAGUGUGCCCAUGGACGCAACUCAAUUGUUUCUGUUUUCAACCUGGACAAACUUCCAAAACGCAAGCGUGCCAAACCACAAAUCAACUUGUUCUUAAAAAAAUUCUAAAUGUGAAUCUCAGUGCUGUGCUUAUUCAAGAUGCUUAUUUUAUGGAUAGACAAAUAAUGACAUAAGACUGUCUUGUUGUGUUAUUUUAAAAAUCUCACUGAAAACACAUUUUAUUCUGGAUAUCAAAGCUGUGAUUACCUGAAUUUUAUUGUUACUGUAUUUUAAUUGUUUAUGAAUCACUACAAAAAUUUGAAAAGGACAGUUCAAAAUAAAUUAUAUAAGAUGGC